UGUAUAGUUCCUAAAGAACGAAACAAAACACAACCCGAACCAGGACAUCAUCAGGAAGCCUGCAUUGGAUGGGGAGUGAAACAUUACACUUUUAUUCGAGGCUGUGGACCUAAAUAAGGGAGCGCGAGAAGUAGAGUAUUUUUCCAUCGACUUUUCCGAGUGUCACCGCCUAUAGGCAGAACAGGUGUCUUACCUGUUACUGCCACCUGUCCCUCAAUACCGAUGGCCACCGAGGAGCCUGCGGCACCUGCCGUCCGCCCAGGUGAUGGUGGCGGAGACGAGAGAGCGACCACCAUGUCGCUUAACCCCGGUAUCCCCAUCAGGGGAAUUCGGAUGAAAUUCGCUGUGUUAGCGGGCCUGGUCGAAGUUGGUGAAGUUUCCAACCGGGACAUUGUGGAGACAGUCUUCAAUCUGCUGGUUGGAGGUCAGUUUGACCUGGAGAUGAAUUUUAUCAUUCAGGAGGCUGAGAGUAUCGUGUGUAUGGUGGAGCUGUUGGAUAAGUGUGAGGUCACGUGUCAGGCGGAGGUGUGGAGCAUCUUCACCGCCAUCCUAAAGAAGAGCGUGAGGAACCUACAGGCCUGCACGGAGGUGGGCCUCAUCCAGCAUGUUCUCCAGCGCGUCGACAAGACCGACAACAUGAUCGCAGAUCUAAUGGUGGACAUGCUGGGAGUGCUGGCUAGCUACAGCAUCACAGUCAAGGAGCUGAAACUGUUUUUCAGCAAACUGCAAGGAGAAAACGGAUACUGGCCUCCUCACGCUGUGAAGCUGUUGUCCGUUUUGAAAUCCAUGGCUCAUCGGAAUGGUCCUGACGCCUUCUUCAGCUUUCCAGGGAAGAGUGCAGCGGCUGUAGCUCUCCCGCCCAUUGCUAAGUGGCCGUACCAGAACGGUUUCACCUUUCACACCUGGCUCCGCCUGGACCCUCUCAACAACCUCAACGUCGACAAAGACAAGCCUUACAUCUACUGUUUCCGGACCAGUAAAGGACUGGGUUACUCUGCUCACUUUGUGGGGAACUGUCUGAUUGUGACCUCAUUAAAAUCCAAAGGGAAGGGAUUCCAACACUGCGUAAAGUAUGACUUCAAACCUCAGAAGUGGUACAUGGUGACAUUGGUGCACACAUAUAACCGGUGGAAAAACAGUGAGAUCACAUGUUAUGUUAACGGUGAACUGGCCUCGUACGGAGACAUGACCUGGCUCGUCAGCACCAGCGACACGUUCGAUAAGUGUUUCCUGGGCUCAUCAGAGACGGCGGACUCGAACCGUGUGUUUUGCGGCCAGAUGGGGGCAGUGUACCUGUUUGGCGAAGCGCUCAGUGCGGCCCAGAUUCUGGCCAUUUACCAGCUGGGCCCAGGGUACAAGGGCACGUUUAAGUACAAGGCAGAGAGCGACCUGAUGUUUGCGGAGCACCACAAAAUGCUUCUGUACGAUGGCAAGCUGUCAGCCAGCAUCGCUUUCACCUACAACCCCCGGGCCACCGACGCCCAGCUGUGUCUCGAGUCCUCGCCCAAGGACAACGCCUCCAUCUUCGUCCACUCUCCACACGCCCUCAUGCUCCAGGAUGUGAAAGCCGUGGUGACCCACUCUGUACAGAGCGCCAUUCACUCUUUAGGGGGCAUUCAGGUCCUCUUCCCGCUGUUUUCCCAACUGGAUUACCAUCAGCACAACAGCGACGAGCUGGACACUUCCGUCUGCUGCACUCUCCUUACCUUCAUCAUGGAGCUGUUGAAGAACUCUGUGGCUAUGCAAGAGCAGAUUCUGGCCUGCAAGGGCUUUCUGGUCAUUGGCUACUUCCUAGAGAAGUCUUCCAAGGUCCAUGUGACUCGUGUGGUAUUGGACAUCGUUCUGGCGUUUGCUCGUUACCUUAGUAACCUGCCUAAUGGCGUGAUGCUGCUAAAACAGCUGUGUGAUCACAUCCUGUUUAACCCUGCUAUCUGGAUCCACUCACCCGCUAAGGUACAGCUGAUUCUCUACACCUACCUGGCCACAGAGUUUAUCAGCACCGUCACCAUCUACAACGCCAUCCGCAGGGUGGGCACGGUACUACAGGUCAUGCACACUCUCAAAUACUACUACUGGGUGGUAAAUCCGCAGGACCGCAGCGGAAUCACGCCCAAAGGCCUCGAUGGUCCUCGGCCAAAUCCAAAGGAAGUCCACUCUCUCCGAGCUUUCCUGCUGCUGUUUGUCAAACAGCUCAUCCUGAAGGACCAUGGUGUGAAAGAAGAUGAACUGCAAAGCAUUCUCAACUACCUGCUGACGAUGCAUGAGGAUGACAAUCUAAUGGAUGUGCUGCAGCUGCUGGUGGCUCUCAUGUCUGAGCAUCCCGGAUCCAUGGUCCAAGCUUUUGAUCAACGCAAUGGAAUACGGGUCAUUUUCAAACUGCUGGCCUCAAAAAGUGAAGGCAUUCGGGUGCAAGCGCUUAAAGUACUAGGCUACUUUCUCAAACAUUUACCACCAAAGAGGAAAUCAGAGGUGAUGCUGAGUCACGGCCUUUUCUCCCUGCUGACUGAACGUCUGAUGCUCCACUCAAACCAGUUCACCAUGACGACCUACAACGUCCUGUUUGAGAUCCUGACGGAGCAGAUCUGUACCCAGGUGAUCCAUAAACAGCACCCGGAUCCUGACUCGUCUGUAAAGAUCCAAAACCCCCAAAUCCUGAAGGUAAUCGCGGCACUGCUGAAGAGCGCCCCCCCCAGCCCAGACAGUAUGGAGGUGCGACGCAUCUUCCUCUCUGACAUGAUCAAACUCUUUAAUAACAGCCGGGAUAACAGGAGGAGUCUGCUGCAGUGCUCUGUGUGGCAGGACUGGAUGCUGUCUCUGUGUUACAUAAACCCGAGGAGCAGUGAGGAGCAGAAGAUCACAGAGAUGGUCUACGCCAUCUUCCGCAUCCUGCUCUACCACGCAAUCAAAUACGAGUGGGGAGGCUGGAGAGUGUGGGUGGACACGCUCUCCAUCACACACUCCAAGGUCACCUUUGAGCAGCAUAAGGAGAACUUGGCCCGUAUGUUCCGUGAGUACCAAAGGAUGGGUUCUGAUGACAGUGCCCGCAUUCGGACUGUCUCCGGGGCCAGCCGGGACUCGGAGCUCAUGGCACCGGCCAACGGCGAGCUGACGGAGCCCGAAGAAACGGCUCCGUCCACGGUCAUCGAACUCCGCGUGGACGACCCGGUCUCAGACCAGCAGAGCCCCGGAGAGACAGAGGAACAGAGGACUCAGGUCCCGGUCACUGUGUCCAACAUCCUGGCCAGAGGUGAGGAGGAGGAGAAGGAGGAAGACCAGAGGGCCGGAGAGCUGGAGAAGAAAGGUGGUGAAACGGAGAGGUCUCAGGAAGCCGUGCAGGACAAACCAAAGGAAACGGAGACUGACACUGUGACUGAGGGAGCAGGUGACAAUCAGAAUGGAGAGAUGUCCAAAAAAGACAAGGAUGGAGAGAAGGACACAGAAACGGACGAGAGGAGCGUGGAAAACGAUUCGGCGAAGACCGGCGCUAAGGACGUAGAGAAAACCGACGCUCUGAAGACGCUGGAAACUGACGUAGCCGACGCCAGCGAAGAACCCAGCGAGGAAGCUGAUGGAGCAAAGAAGAUAGAUGAAGAUGGCACUAAACAGAAGCCUGAGGGGGAGGACAUGAAGGAAGACGCAGCUGCCGGUUCUGCUCAGGAAGAGUCCGGUUCCACUGCCACCCCAGCGGUGAAGGAAGACGCUGUGGACACCUCCUCUGAAACUUCUGCCCACCACGAGACCAGCACGGCUGGAGCCUCCGUCGUCAACGAGGACCUGGUCGAUGUGUCUUCGGGGAGCGAUGUCGUGAAACCCAGCGACGACAGCAUGGAAGAAUCCUCCUUUGUCUCAGCAGCCGCUACAGCUGGGGAGGAAGAUGAUGAUGGAGAUGAUGAAGCUGAAGAAGAUGAAGAUGAUAAGGCGAAGAAGAAUGAAGAGAAGAAACCCGAGGCCAAGCCAGAGGAGGGUGACGCAGGCAAAGACAAGGAAGAAACAGAGAGCAAGGGAACACCCCCUCGCCCUGAGGCUGAGGUGGAUAAAAAUGACCCCUCCAUCACUGAAGAUGGAGGCCAGCAAUCUGAGACCCCAGAAGGUUCCAGCACAGCACCAGACACUCCGGUGAAGCCCAGCUCAGAGUCCGAGAAGCAGGCAGAGGCCCCAGUACUCCCGGUUGAGACAGAAGAAGGCCCCAGUGCCGAGGCGAACUCAGAGGCCGCGGCGACCGGGGAGCCGUCCAGUGCAGAUGCUCAGAAGACACCCGGAGAUGCAGAGAAGGAGCAGGCAGAGGUCACGGCCUCAAAGACCAAAGAGAUGAAGAUCGCCAGGCUAGACGUGUCCAGCGUGGCCUCUGACACAGAGAGACUGGAACUCAAGGAAACCACAGCUCCGGAUUCGACCCAGGGACAGACUGCUCCUGCCGGCGCCGCCGCCCCGGCCAGGGAGGGCUCCACCUCGGCCCGGUCCACCAUGUUCCGUAUCCCAGAGUUCAAGUGGUCUCACAUGCACCAGCGCCUACUGACCGACCUGCUGUUCUCCAUCGAGACCGACGUGCAGAUGUGGAGGAGUCACUCCACGAAAACAGUGAUGGACUUUGUGAACAGCAGUGAGAACGUUGUUUUCGUACACAACACAAUCCACCUGAUAUCACAGGUGGUGGACAAUCUUAUCAUGGCCUGUGGAGGAAUCCUGCCUCUGCUGUCUGCUGCCACCUCCUCUUUGCACGAGCUGGAGAACAUCGAUGCAUCUCAGGGUCUAACGGUGGAGGCAUCGGUGACCUUCCUGCAGCGGCUGAUUUACCUGGUGGACGUGUUGGUCUUCGCCAGCACACUCAGCUUCACCGAAAUCGAGGCCGAAAAAAACAUGUCCUCAGGAGGGGUCCUCAGACAGUGCCUUCGCCUGGUGUGUGCCAUGGCUGUGCGGAACUGCCUGGAGUGCCAGCAGCAUUCCCAGUUUGGAUCAGAGGUCACCCGAGGUCACCAAGCCAUGCAAAGCCUCAUGGGAGCAGCAAAGGCUGUGCCAGCACAGGCAAGUCCAACAAGCCCCGUUGACAUGGUGACGGGCGGGAUGUCGCCUGUUCGAGAUGUGGACCGACUACUGCAGGACAUGGACAUUAACCGUCUUCGGGCGGUCGUCUUCAGAGACAUCGAGGACAGUAAGCAGGCGCAGUUCUUGGCCCUGGCUGUGGUCUAUUUCAUCUCCGUCCUCAUGGUGUCCAAAUAUCGCGACAUCCUGGAGCCGCACAACGACAAGAAACCUGCUCAGCGCAGCCAGUCUGUCCGGAGCACUGAGAGUGCCUCCUCUGCACAGGAGAAUGGUUCAGCCCACCGCAGACGAGACUCAGGCAUCGGCGACGAGCAGUCCUCGGUUGCCCCGAGUGACGCCGAAUCGAGGGUCGGUGGCUCCCAGGGUCCCGACGCCGUGUCCGAAGCCCUGUCCACUCUGUCCUCCGAGGUCGGGCGAGGUCAAGAGGUCAGCGACCGGGAGGCCAAGGGCAAGAACGUGAAUGUGAAGGACAUUCUGAGGAGUCUGGUCAGCGCCCCGUCUGACGACAUCGUGGUAGAUCCCAGUCUCCUCCCACCGACCUUCCUGGGAGCGGUGGGAGAUGCCGUCCGAGACCAGUCUCUCCAGUUCCGCUCCUUUGACAGAAGCGUUGUCGUGGCGCCUAAGAAAACAGGCGGCGCUCCUUCUCCAGGAUCGAGCUCCGCCUCCGCCCAUCCCACUGCCCAGUCAGCUGCUGCUUCAGGUGGCACGUCCGUCAACAGCGUUUCCGUGGUUUCCUCGGGUGCUGCUGCCCAAAGCCCAGCCCCUGAGUCAGCCACAGGGGGAGCCUCUGCAAGCACCAACCUGCCAUCUGUCCCAGCCCUGUCCCCAAUCACACAGCACACUGCUCCCAGUAUGAGUAUCUCAGAGAGGUUGGAGCAUGCACUGGAGAAGGCAGCUCCCUUACUCAGGGAGAUAUUCGUGGAUUUUGCUCCGUUUCUCUCCCGCACCCUGCUUGGCAGCCACGGACAGGAACUGCUCAUUGAGGGAACCAGUUUGGUGUGUAUGAAGUCCAGUAGCUCUGUGGUGGAACUGGUGAUGCUCCUCUGUUCCCAGGAAUGGCAGAACUCCAUUCAGAAGAACGCAGGCUUGGCCUUCAUCGAGCUUGUGAAUGAGGGCAGACUGUUGAGUCAUACCAUGAAAGACCACCUGGUGCGUGUGGCCAACGAGGCGGAAUUCAUUCUCAGCCGGCAGAGAGCCGAGGACAUCCACAAACACGCCGAGUUUGAGUCCCAGUGUGCCCAGUAUGCAGCGGAGAAGAGAGAUGAAGAGAAGAUGUGCGAUCACCUGAUCAGAGCCGCCAAGUACAGAGAUCACAUGACCGCAACCCAGCUCGUCCAGAAAAUCGUCAACAUCCUCACAGACAAACACGGAGCCUGGGGGAACUCGGCCACCAGUCGUCCGCGGGAGUUCUGGCGCCUCGACUACUGGGAGGAUGACCUGAGGAGGCGACGGCGUUUUGUCAGGAAUCCUUUUGGAUCCACACACUCAGAGGCCACACUAAAGGCCGCUGCAGAACCUGCUCCAGAAGAAGAUGUCCUCAAAGGCAGACAGUCCAUCAGGAACCAUGCCCUGGGAAAUCAGAACUCGGAGAGCGAGAUGCUACUGGACGGUGACGAUGACACCUUGUCUUCUUUGGAAGAGAAAGAUUUGGAGAAUUUAACAGGCCCGGUAAACCUGAGUACGAGCGCGCAGCUGGUCGCUCCCGCGCUGGUGGUGAAAGGCACGCUGUCCAUCACCGCGUGCGAGCUCUACUUUGAGGUGGAUGAAGAAGAGCCUAGCUUUAAGACAAUCGAUCCUAAGAUUUUGGCCUAUACAGAAGGUUUGCAUGGGAAAUGGCUGUUCACAGAGAUCAGAGCUGUUUUCUCCCGCCGCUAUCUCCUGCAGAACACUGCUCUGGAAAUCUUCAUGGCCAACAGGACCGCUGUGAUGUUCAACUUCCCCGACGCUGCCACGGUGAAGAAGGUAGUACACUGCCUGCCCAGAGUGGGGGUUGGCACCAACUUUGGGCUGCCACAGACCAGGAGAAUCUCAUUGGCCAGUCCCAAACAGCUGUUCAAAGCCUCCAGUAUGACCCAGCGCUGGCAACGCAGAGAAAUCUCCAACUUUGAGUACCUCAUGUUCCUCAACACCAUCGCUGGCCGGACCUAUAACGAUCUGAACCAGUACCCUGUCUUCCCUUGGGUCAUAACCAAUUACGAGUCUGAGGAACUGGAUCUCACCCUGCCCAGCAAUUUCAGAGACCUGUCCAAGCCCAUUGGUGCUCUGAACCCAAAGAGAGCCGCCUUCUUCUCAGAGCGUCAUGAGACGUGGGAGGAUGACCAGGUGCCCAAAUUUCACUACGGCACUCACUACUCAACCUCCAGCUUCACCCAGAUGUGGCUGCUCCGAAUCGAGCCUUUCACCACCUUUUUCCUCAACUUCCAAGGAGGGAAAUUUGACCAUGCAGACCGGACGUUCUCCUCCGUGUCCAGGGCCUGGAGGAACUGCCAGAGAGACACCUCUGAUGUAAAGGAGUUGAUCCCUGAGUUCUAUUACCUUCCGGAGAUGUUUGUCAACUCCAAUAAUUAUAACCUGGGAGUGAUGGAGGAUGGGACUGUGGUGUCCGAUGUGGAGCUUCCGCCCUGGGCUAAGACUCCAGAGGACUUCGUACGCAUCAACCGCCUGGCUCUGGAGAGUGAGUUUGUGUCCUGCCAGCUGCACCAGUGGUUAGACCUGAUUUUCGGCUAUAAGCAGCAGGGUCCAGAGGCGGUCAGGGCUCUGAAUGUCUUCUACUACCUGACCUACGAGGGCGCGGUCAACCUCAGCUCCAUCACGGACACCAUGCUCAGAGAGGCUGUGGAGUCUCAGAUCAGAAGCUUUGGUCAGACGCCCUGCCAGCUGCUGAUUGAACCUCACCCACCACGCAGCUCUGCCAUGCAAGUGUAUCUCCUCCUGCAGACUCCACUGAUGUUCACCGAGCAGAUGCAACAAGAUGUUAUCAUGGUGCUGAAGUUUCCAUCCAACUCUCCAGUGACACACGUGGCAGCCAACACGCAGACUGGCCUGGCCAACCCCGCUGUCAUCACUGUCACGGCCAACCGACUCUUUGCCGUCAACAAGUGGCACGGGCUCACCGGUGAGAUGCAUUUUGGGAAAUGGGGUUUGGACCAGGUGUACCAGUUACCAGUGGAGAUAGACCCACUGAUAGCUGGUAAUGUAGGGAUGCAUCGGAGACAGAUAACAGAUCUGCUGGACCAGAGUAUUCAGAUUCACUCUCAGUGCUUCAUCGUCACCGCUGACAACCGCUUCAUUCUGCUCUGCGGCUUCUGGGACAAGAGCUUCCGUGUCUACUCCACCGACACAGGGAAGCUGACUCAGAUCGUGUUUGGACACAGGGACGUGGUCACGUGCCUGGCCCGCUCUGAGUCCUAUAUUGGGGGGGACUGUUACGUGCUGUCAGGCUCCAGAGAUGCCACACUCCUCCUCUGGUACUGGAACGGAAAACACAACAGCAUUGGCGAGAAUCCAGGCAGCUCAGAGUUUGUGACACCGCGUGCAAUUCUGACAGGACACGACUGUGAGGUGAUGUGUGCCACCGUGUGUGCCGAACUCGGUCUGGUCAUCAGCGGCAGCAAGGAGGGCCCGUGUCUGAUCCAUUCUAUGAAUGGCGAGUUGCUGCGGACUCUGGACGGCCCAGCUGGGUGUGUGCGUCCGCGCCUGGUCCUCAGCUCCACGGAGGGCCACUGUGUGGUUUAUUACGACAAGGGCCAGUUCUGCGUCUUCACCGUCAACGGCAAACUACUCUCUCACGUAGAGGUGGAGGAGAACGUCAGGGCCCUGCUGUUGAGUAAAGAUGGACAGUACUUGCUCGCGGGUGGUGAUGGAGGAGUCCUCUCUGUCUGGCAGGUUCACAACCUCAAACAGCUCUUCACUUACCCAGGCUGUGACGCGGGGAUUCGCUCCAUGGCCAUGUCACAUGACCAGAGGUGCAUUAUAACUGGGAUGGCAUCUGGGAGCAUUGUGCUCUUUUACAACGACUUCAACAGGUGGCAUCACGAAUACCAGACCAGAUACUGACCCGUGUGACACUGAACAGAGUGGAUCACCACGGCACCAGAACCCAGCCCAAGGCGUGGCCGUCCUGUCCGAGUUUGAGGGGCACUGUUCCUGUACUCACACCUACUCCAUGUCUGAAUGUAUUCACAAUACUCAAAGAAGAAGACUAUUUUUAAAAUGAAUAUCUAUAUAUAUAUAAAUAUAUAUAUGGGCAUUGAUAUAUUUUGUAGUUCUUAUGAAAUUUCAUAUAUUAAUUAAAUCGUAGGGGAGGGCUUAUAUACUUGUUUGAAAGAGGAUGGGAAAAAAAGAAAGAAAAAAAAUCUAUUUUUAGCUGUUUAAAAGUCUAUUUUCACUUCAACCUCCUGCUAAAUAAUGGGUUUGAGUGAUCCUACAGCUAGAAAACUAUAUUUGCGAUUAUUGUCCAUAUAGAGAAUCCUUAUCUUUGUGUGGGUGAGUUCUGUUUGUUUUGGGGUUUGUUGUUUUUGUUUUUCCAUUGACCGGGUUUUCUGAGGAGAACCGCCGAGGUCCACAGCUUUUGCGACGGUGGAGGCGUCCCCGUUUUAGACAGAGCUGGGCUGCGGUUUAUGGAGGUGAACGGUUCAUUUUCAGAGUGAAGCAGCCACAGACACCUCACCGAACAUCUACGUUUUUUCAGACUUUUCCUGCUUUAGAUAAUCGUCUUCUCUUGGUCUAAUGUGUGUCCUGGUGUUGGCUACAGUAAUGCAGCUAACAUCCUUUAAUUUUGACAAUUUUUUUUGUUUGUUUGUUUGUUUGGAAGCUGACAUGUCUUUGUUAUGCUGACCUAUGAUGAGUCUAUAUCUAUUACCAUGUUCAGGGGUGGAAUUUUCAAUGGGAAUACGAGGACUGAAGUUGAUUAUGAUUAACAGGGAAAGGUUGGGGAAAUCCUGCAGUUAGAGUGUGUGUUGGUUGUUGAACAGAGCUGAGCUUUCAAAGGUUUGGUUCCUUGUUCUCUGUUUCCAACUUUUUUUUUUCUCCCCCUUCUUAGUGUCCA